AUAAAAACAAUAAUGGGACGAAAUCAUGACACAAGGUGAUGUCAAAUACUCUUAUUAAGACAGACUAUUUAUGUCCGGUAUUUUCGGAAAUGUUAGCGGUUGUGGGUUAUUUGUUCAUUUGUGUUUUGUCAGAUAGAAAUGGUGUUCGAGGAACAAAAUCCGAUUUCAGCUUUAGGAUAAUCGAUGGUAUGUUAGCAGAUAUCAAGGAAUUUCCUUACCAAGUCUCAAUAAUGUAUCAGGGUGAACAUCAUUGUGGAGGAAGUAUAAUUUCCACGAAAUACAUCCUUACAGCAGCUCACUGUGCGAACCAAAUCCCAGCCAAGGAUUUCUCAGUUAGAGUGGGUUCAACUACCAUAGACAAGGGUGGAGUAGUCCACGAGGUCGAGAAAGUUAUUGUCCAUCCCAACUUUACGAGUAAAUAUGAGAAUGACGUUGCUCUACUUGAACUUUCAACCCCAUUAGAGUUCAAUAACAAAGUGAGACCAGUAAAAUUAGCCGAGUAUCGUCAAAGACUCCCUCCGGCUGGAACACUAGCAUUGGUUUCUGGAUGGGGAAGAACUAACGCCACAGUGAACGAAAUGUCCCCCCAUUUACUAGCUAUCGAAGUACCCCUUCUACCCCACAAACAAUGUCAACAAUUGUAUCGAGAAAGAAAACACGUAGUUGACAAUAAGAUGUUUUGCGCUGGAAGAGUAGAAGGUGGUAGAGAUUCCUGUUUAGGGGACAGUGGUGGAGCCAUUGUGAUCAAUGAAAUUCAAUAUGGCAUUGUCUCAUGGGGAAUUGGAUGUGCACUGAAGAACAGGCCUGGAGUUUAUGCUUCUGUUCCCCGGUUAAGAAAAUAUAUAUUUAUGAAUUCUGGAGUAUAGUGAUGAAAUAAUUUAAAUGAAAAAAUAAUACUUUC